AUGUUCUUCACAUUUCUUCAAAUUUUAUUUAUAUACUUUCAUUUCCCUUCCUUUCAACAUUUAACUGAAAACUUUUCCUAUCCAUUAUCGUUCUUCUUCUUCUUCUUCUUCUUCUUCUUCUUCUUCUUCUUCUUCUUCUUCUUUCAUUCUUUCUUUACUUUUUUCGUUUUCCUUUUUUCGCUUUUGUCAUCUUUUUUUUCUUCUUUUCAUUUAUUCCCAUUGAUAUAUUUUUCUUUUUCUUCAUCUUUUUCUUCUAUAUGUCCCUUUCCUUUUAGUUUCAUUUUCUUAUUUUUAUUACAUUGCUUCUCGUUCCUCCAUCAAAUUAAGCAGUCAGUACUUAGAUGGGGGAACAUUCCUUUUUCUAAUCCUCGUUUUUUGUUCUUCACUUUAUUUUUUCUUUUCUUUUUAAAACUGUUUUCUUUUCAUUUUAUUCUUUUCCGUUAUUUUUCCUUUGUUUUUCUUUUUCUUCUUUUUCUUCUUUUUUCCUUUUUUUCAUUUUCUAAUAUCUAUCUAUCUAUCUAUCUAUCUAUCUAUCUAUCUAUCUAUCUAUCUAUCCUUGUUUCUUCCUAUCUAUCUAUCUAUCUAUCUAUCUAUCUAUCUAUCUAUCCUUGUUUCUUCCUAUCUAUCUAUCUAUCUAUCUAUCUAUCUAUCUAUCUAUCUAUCUAUCUAUCUAUCUAUCUACGUUUCUUCCUUCUUUCCUUCUAUUCAAUAUCUAUCUAUCUAUCUAUCUAUCUAUCUAUCUAUCUAUCUGAGUCUAUUCAUCAUAUCUAUCUAUCUAUCUAUCUAUCUAUCUAUCUAUCUAUCUAUCUAUCUAUCUAUCUAAGUCUAUUCAAUAUCUAUCUAUCUAUCUAUCUAUCUAUCUAUCUAUCUAUCUAUCUAUCUCCAUCUAUAUAUUUAUAUUUAUGUCUCUCUUUCUCUCCUUCCUCCCUCUCUCUCUAUCAAUUAAUAUCAUCAUUGAUAUUGUUUUUACUUCUAUCUAUCUAUCUAUCUAUCUAUCUAUCUAUCUAUCUAUCUAUCUAUCUAAGCCUUUUUCUUAUCUAUCUAUCUAUCUAUCUAUCUAUCUAUCUAUCUAUCUAUCUAUCUAUCUAUCUUAAGCAGGCAAUUCUCAGCGACUUUAGACGCAGUCAUACACCGUCGUGUACUCAUAAUAAUCGUAUAGAGAAGCCCAGUUUUUUUAUCUAUCUAUCUAUCUAUCUAUCUAUCUAUCUAUCUAUCUAUCUAUCUAUCUAUCUAUCUAUCCCAGUUCUGUUCAUAUCUAUCUAUCUAUCUAUCUAUCUAUCUAUCUAUCUAUCUAUCUAUCCCAGUUCUGUUCAUAUCUAUCUAUCUAUCUAUCUAUCUAUCUAUCUAUCUAUCUAUCUAUCUAUCUUAAACAAGCAAUUCUUUGCCAACAACGACGUUAGACGCAGUCAUACACCGUUGUGUACUCCUAAUAAGCAUAUGGAGACGGUAUUUGCAUAUAAUAUCCACCUUCAUACUUAUUUACUCCGUAAUGUAAUGGAUAUUUUCUUUUCUGUCUCUUCUUUAACGUGCUUGUCAAAAUCUAAUGCAGCGAUGACGACCGACAUUUUUGUCUUCUGCUGUCAAAAAUAA